UUCUACUGAUUCGCUCCUACCCCCCACUCUAUUGCUCUGUUGUGACUGCUGCCUUCCUGCCAGAGAUGUGGUUGCCAUGGCAACUGCUGAAUCACUGCCCACAGUCUGCAGCCUUCCUCUAAUUUAAUCUCCACACGAAGCGAGGACACCCGCCGCGCAGACUGGAAUCAGCAUACUGAUAUGACGCAAGGAUUUUCCUCCAUUAGUUAAAGCAGUCGGUGCGGUCUUUCCUCUGAGGACUCAAGGUGGAGCAGCAGCAGCAGAAGCCGCUCUGAUGGGGAGCAUACCCACCACAGUGAAGCACUGCCUGAGCUACGAGCAGCUCUUCGAGGACUAUCCCUGGCUGAGGCGUUGGCUGCAGGAAGAGAAGAUCAUUACAGAACACGAGUAUCCAAAGUUUGUGAAAAUUGUUGAAGUUGGGCCAAGAGACGGACUUCAAAAUGAAAAAGAAAUUGUUCCGACAGGAGUGAAAAUCCAGCUGAUUGACAUGCUCUCAGCAACGGGCCUUUCAGUGGUGGAGGCCACCAGCUUUGUCUCUUCAAAGUGGGUGCCACAGAUGGCAGACCACACUCAGGUCCUUCAGGGUAUCCAGAGAGCACCUCUAACUCAGUACCCUGUUUUAACACCAAACAUGCAAGGUUUUCAGGAUGCUGUUGCUGCCGGUGCUACUGAAGUAGCCGUGUUUGGGUCCGCUUCUGAAACCUUCAGCAGACAAAACAUAAACUGUUCAAUAGAUGAAAGCAUGCUGAGGUUUCAGGAGGUCAUCAACGCUGCAAAAGAACGACAAAUUCCAGUUCGUGGGUACGUUUCCUGUGCCCUUGGGUGCCCCCAUGAAGGACGUAUUGAACCUUCAAAGGUUGCUGAGGUGGCAAAGCGGUUGUAUGAAAUGGGCUGUUAUGAGAUAUCCUUGGGGGAUACGAUCGGAGUCGGUACUCCUGGAUCCAUGUUUAAGAUGCUGCAGAUGGUGAAGAAGGACGUGCCCAUAGAUGCUUUAGCAGUUCACUGCCAUGACACUUAUGGACAAGCACUUCCUAACAUCCUUACAGCACUUCAGAUGGGAGUCUCCGUGGUGGAUUCUGCAGUGGCAGGCCUCGGUGGGUGCCCCUAUGCUCCGGGUUCAACUGGCAACGUUUCAACAGAGGAUGUUCUCUACAUGCUUCAUGGCAUGGGCAUUCAAACAAAUGUGGACCUUAAUAAAGUCAUCGAAGCUGGUGAUUUCAUCUGCAACGCUUUGGGCCGCAGGACAAAUUCUAAGGUUGGCCAGGCUAAAAGCGGAACACUGUGAUAGGAAAUUAUACAGAAAAUUAUUUAGAUGUUCAAUUUUUUUUAGUUUUUCUUUGUAUAUGUUGCUACAUUUGAUUAACGUUAUUUCUUGUAUUUGAUCCACAUCGUCUAAAUCAGCGGUUCCUGUUUCUUUUAGCUUCAGAUCCACAAACUAACAAUUAGAAGGGAUACUAGGCAACUUUUUCACAUUUUUAAAUAAUUUUCUUGAACCAGUAUAUGCUAAAGGGGCCUUUUACAGCAGUGGUUCCCAAUCUUUUUUUUUUUUCAGAUGACCCACAUUUUGAAAAAGACAAAACAUUGUGACCCCAUUAAAAAAAAUUGUUUUAUUCAUUGUACAUGCAACUGUUCUUUAAACAAAAUCCUAUGCAUUUUA